GGAAAAAGCGGUUAUGCAGUGCGAAAUUACCGCAAAGAAAUGAAAGUGAAAAAGAUAACCUCUCUUAUUGUCGUCGCAUCCUGAAUUCCGGAUCUGCCACGCGUUACUGCUACAUCGCAAGCAAACCGGUAUCAUCUAAAUUCAACAUACGUUAAUACACUGAAAACAACGCUAGGGCUUUGUACGCUAGCCACUUCGUCCGCUAAGUUUACUCAAUUGGCUCAGUAUGCAUUCCUAAUCCACACCAACUAAUUAUAAUGCACAGAGGUCUUAUAACCCAUGCGGCACGGGCAUGGCAGCUGCUUCCAAGCCUCCGCAACUGCUCCUCCGCCUGCUGCCAGCUCACCAACUUCAUUGCAUCAACGGGCCCCUUCGCAGCAGGCCGCAGCAGUGACCGCCAUGUCACCCCCAGCGCCUCCCACCUCCUACUUCCCCUCCGCCGCCUCACGCCUCAACCGUCACCACCACCGCCAGCACCACAGACACCAAUCCUUGCAGCUCUUCAGCAGCAACAGACCGCAGUCCCAUGGGUCGUUGCUGCUGCUGCCUGCCGCUGCUGCUCCUCCUCCGCUGCCGCCCCUCCUCGCUCCCUUCACACCACACCGCCUCUGCUCCGCCGAGCCCCAACCUCCUCCCCAUCACCCUUACCACCGCCCCCAUCACACCCUGCCGAGCCCCUUCCUCCUCCUCCC